UGGCCUCUGCCGCCGCCCCGGGGACGCUCGCGCAGCUGGCUUCGGGCGCACGCGCUGGACCAGGGACACCCAGCCCCGUGGGCGCCCGCCUGGCUCGGCCCCUCACUCGCGUGUUCGCUGCAGUUAGGUGCGCGCCGCUGCCUAAACCCAGGUUCAGGGUGCCCAUAAUAAGGAUUAGUCUUCUGUCAAAAGUUUAGUGAUCGAUUAUUAAGAAAAUUUCCUGCAUUGUUCAUGGAGUUUUUCAUCAGUAUGUCUGAAAGCAUUAAAUAUAAUGAUGAUGAUCACAAAACUGUGUUUCUGAAAACAUUAAAUGAACAACGUCUGGAAGGAGAAUUUUGUGACAUAGCUAUUGUGGUAGAAGAUGUGAAAUUCAGAGCGCACCGGUGUGUGCUUGCUGCAUGCAGUACCUACUUCAAAAAGCUUUUCAAGAAACUGGAGGUUGAUAGCUCAUCAGUAAUAGAGAUAGAUUUCCUUCGUUCUGAUAUAUUUGAAGAGGUUCUAAAUUAUAUGUAUACUGCAAAGAUUUCAGUUAAGAAGGAAGAUGUAAAUUUGAUGAUGUCAUCAGGUCAGAUUCUUGGUAUUAGGUUUUUGGAUAAACUUUGUUCUCAGAAACGUGAUGUAUCUAGUCCCGAAGAAAACGCCCAGUCCAAGAGUAAGUAUUGUCUGAAAAUAAAUCGUUCUAUUGGAGAAUCGAAUGAUAACCAAGAUGAUGAGGUUGAGGAAAUUGGAGAUCAUGAUGAUAGCCCAUCAGAUGUAACAGUAGAAGGAACUCCUCCAAGUCAGGAAGAUGGGAAAUCCCCUACUAAUACACUAAGAGUUCAAGAAGCAAUUCUAAAAGAGUUGGGGAGUGAAGAGGUUCGAAAAGUAAACUGCUAUGGUCAAGAAGUGGAGCCCAUGGAAACAACUGAAUCAAAAGACUUAGGAUCUCAAACCCCUCAAGCUCUAACAUUUAAUGAUGGCAUAAGCGAAGUGAAAGACGAACAGACGCCAGGAUGGACAACAGCUGCUGCUGACAUGAAGUUUGAGUAUUUGCUUUAUGGUCACAGGGAACAAAUUGCAUGCCAAGCUUGCGGUAAGACAUUUACUGAUGAAGCACGAUUGAGAAAACAUGAAAAGCUCCAUACUGCUGAUAGACCAUUUGUUUGUGAAAUGUGCACUAAAGGGUUUACCACACAGGCUCACUUGAAAGAGCACCUGAAAAUCCAUACAGGUUACAAGCCUUAUAGCUGUGAGGUGUGCGGAAAGUCUUUUAUUCGAGCUCCAGAUCUGAAAAAGCAUGAAAGAGUCCAUAGUAAUGAAAGGCCGUUUGCAUGCCAUAUGUGUGAUAAAGCUUUCAAGCACAAGUCUCAUCUAAAAGAUCAUGAAAGAAGACACCGAGGGGAAAAACCUUUUGUCUGCAGCUCUUGCACUAAAGCAUUUGCUAAAGCAUCUGAUUUAAAAAGGCAUGAGAACAAUAUGCACAGUGAAAGGAAACAAAUUACUACAGCCAACGCCAUCCAGAGUGAAACAGAACAGUUACAGGCGGCAGCCAUGGCAGCUGAAGCAGAGCAGCAACUUGAAACUAUAGCUUGUAGUUAAAGACAAAAGCAGAAAACUUUAUCCAAGAAGUAACUUAAGAAAUUAAAUUGAACAAAAAUUUAAAUGUUGAAACAUGUUUAGACUGAUCAUUAUCUUUUCAGGAUAAAAUAUUUUUAGAGGGAUUGAACACUGCAUAGGAGCAUAUAGCAGUGCUUGGCUAGGUGUUUUAAAAUACUUCAAAGAUAUGUAUUCUUAGAAUAUAAAAAUAAUUUUGUUAUUAGCACUAACAUGUUUUAAUUUCAGAAAAUGACUGAAUCCUUUAUAAACAAAAUGAGGAAAUCACUAUUUGAUGUUUUAGUACAACCUCUGCAUACUUGUCCUUUGUACACAUUAGUAAAACCAAUGAGUUAAAUUAUGUCUAACAAAAUUGAAAUUUGUAGAAAAAGUUAUAAGUAUGGGAACAAAAUAUUCUUUUAAAAGAUUUUUGGGUGUAGUUAUGCAAGAAGCAUAUAGUACACCUAGAACACACAAAAAUUCACCUGUUGGAAUCCUGACAUUUUUAUUUCCUUUUUCCUCAUUCACCAUACUUAUUAGCUAUUAGUGCAGAUAAUUUUGGGUAGUUGGUCAAGCGGAGUUAUCCUGCUUCUUUGUCCAUCCCCUUAAAUUCCUCUCUCUAAUCUAGCUAGUGAGCUGGUGCAUACAAUACUUGCUCUUCUAAAGAUUAGACUUUCCACAUUCAUAAUAGCCUAGAUGUGUCUCCUGGAUCAACAAAUGGAGAGAACAGCACUCAUAUACCCUUUCUGUGUAGAAAGGAGUAGGGCUCAGUUGCUUCCAUGUACUCUUCAGAGGCCUUUUCAUGCAGUAUACAGGAGAUGGACUGGAGGUGGGAGGGAAGGAAAGUGGGCAGAAUGUGUAGACAGAUAUAUUGUUCUAAAUCUGGCCCCAUGAAAAUUGAUCAAAGGUAAUGCAAUCUGAGGCUGUAUUGUCUUUGUCAUGUAGCUUCCCCCUCACUCUCCCUAGGACAGCCAAGGCAAAGAGAUGCACAGACACAGACUCCAUGGGUGCUCCGGGCUGGAGUACCCUUAGGAAAAAAAUGGUGGGUGCUGAGCACCCACCGGCAGCCCCCUGUCAGCCCCCUGACUCUCCCCAGUAUCUCCUACCUGUCGACAGGCCCCACCAAUCAGCGCCUCCCCCUCCCUCCCAACGUCUGCUGUGGAUCAGCUGUUUCGCAGGAUCAGGAGGUGGUGGGGGUGAGCGGGGAGGAAUGAGGGUGCAGCGCUUUCGGAGGAGGGGGCAGAACUGGGUGGGGAAGAGGCAGGUUGGGAAGAAGCAAGAUGGGGGUGAGGCAUUGGGGGAAGGGGUGGAGUGGGGUCAGGGCCUGGCCCGAGCCGGGGUCAAGCACUCCCCAGCAGAUUAGAAAAUUGGCGCUUCUAUGAAGGGAUGUCUGUAGAAAUACACCUCAGUGGAACCAGCUGUGCUGCUGAGGGGAGGGAUUUGGUACUAGGCGCCCUGCAGAUCGCUGCCUGCAACUUUAAGGGUAGGUUCCAUGGCCUUUUAAGGGGGCACCUCCCAAUAGGAUUGUGUGUAGAAAGUUCUCUAUAGGGGAAUCUGUGUGAGAAUGUUUACCCUCUGAGAAAUCUCCCACAGGAAAGGAUGAUCUUGGCCAGCGUUUCCAACUAUCAUUGCCUCGGAAUCUGUGAAAUCUAUUUUUGAAAUCAUUCAGGCAAGGUUUUGUUUGUUUUGUUUUUGGGUUUUUUUGAGAAGGGCUGGGGGGCAGGAAGGGGUUAUUGUUCCUUAACUUACCACAGUCUCAACAAAACUUUUAAAAUACUACAGACUGAGCUGUCUCCUGGACAUGGAAAUAGGGAGUCACAACUUCACAAUAUUAAUUGUUAAAAUGAUCCUAAGGAACAUGAACACUUCUUUAUUUUAAGUGUAAAUAAUAUAAUUAUUAUCAAUGUUAUAUUCCAACUAUAAAUGGACAAAAUGCACUCUUUGCACAUCAGGUUGGAAUAAAUUGGUCACUUAAGAGACCCAUGACAUAUAAAAGUUGUCAGACAAGUAUUUAUAAAUUAUUGUGUGGUAAAUCACCUCUUGCAUUUCUAAAUAGAAAUUGAAAAUAACAUUUUUGUAACUGAUCAUUUUUGUUACAACUCCAUUGUGUAUCUUUCAUGUAAUCAACAGUUUUAGCAAUUAUAUUAAAAUACCAACAAUAAUUUGAAAAUUGUUUUGUAAAUAAAACAUGAAUAUUUUAGAAUAUGUAAAU